AUUUAUUGUGUGUGGGCUCCCUAUUCUCACAGUGUCCGUGUGCAGCCUAGGACUUCAGGGUUCAGCCCAGUCCCUGUCAUGAUCAUGAAGAUUUGGUGGCUCCUUCUGGUUAUGGGCACAUGUGCAAAGAGUGUGUACUCCCAGGACACCUGCCGGCAAGGGCACUCUGGCAUCCCGGGGAAUCCAGGUCACAAUGGCCUCCCGGGAAGAGAUGGACGAGAUGGCUCCAAGGGUGACAAAGGAGACACAGGAGAACCAGGACAUCCCGGAGACCCAGGGAAGGAUGGAAUUCGUGGGGAGAAAGGAGAACCAGGAGCAGAUGGAAGAGUUGAAGCAAAAGGCAUCAAAGGUGAUCCAGGCUCCAGAGGAUCUCCAGGGAAGCAUGGCCCGAAGGGAUCCAUUGGUCCCACAGGAGAACAAGGGCUGCCCGGAGAGACUGGCCCGCAGGGGCAGAAGGGAGAUAAAGGUGAUGUGGGCCCCACUGGUCCAGAAGGACUGAUGGGCAGUACUGGACCAUUGGGCCCCAAGGGCUUACCUGGUCCGGUGGGCCCCAUUGGCAAACCAGGUCCUAAGGGAGAAGCCGGACCCAUGGGCCCCCAGGGGGAGCCGGGAGUCAGAGGGAUGAGAGGCUGGAAAGGUGAUCGAGGAGAGAAAGGGAAAGUGGGCGAGGCUCCCAUCUUGCCGAAGAGUGCCUUCACUGUGGGGCUCACGGUGAUCAGCAAGUUCCCUCCUCCUGAUGCGCCCGUUAAAUUCGAUAAGAUCCUGUACAAUGAACUGAACCACUACAAUGUGGCGACGGGGAAAUUCACCUGCCACGUGGCCGGCGUCUAUUACUUCACCUACCACAUCACUGUUUUUUCCAGGAACGUGCAGGUCUCUUUGGUAAAAAAUGGGGCAAAAGUCCUGCAUACCAAGGAUGGUUACAUGAGCUCCGAGGACCAGGCCUCUGGUGGCAUCGUGCUGGGGCUGAAGCUUGGGGACGAGGUGUGGAUGCAGGUGACGGGAGGAGAGAGGUUUAAUGGCUUGUUUGCAGAUGAGGACGAUGACACCACCUUCACCGGCUUCCUUCUGUUCAGCAGCUCUUGACACAGUGGACUCUGCACAUGGGCCUCACUGAAGGCUCUGCUGGUGGACAUGGUGCCCACAGAGCUAGCUCGGGGACGGUGGGAUGUGACUGUGUCCAUUCUUCCAAUUAUUGCGUCCAUCCUAAAGUGCAGAGGUGGGAAGCUAAGCCUACAAAGUCAGUCAUUCGAACACAUUCAUAAUAAACUAACCCAGAGACACCGA